ACAAUCAUCCAUAAUAGAAGCUAAAUCUGAAGUUGACCUUUUGUUUGUGCGAUUUUUCUCUUAAGCGAAGAAAUAUUCCAGAAAAAUAUAAUUUUCCGAUAGCUGAUUGAGUCGAAUGUGUCGUGUGUCUUUUAACAGUGUUAAAAUGGUGUGUGAACUGUUAUCUGAACAGUAAUAAGGUGGGAUAACGCUAAUUCACCAUCGAAAAAAAGUGGACUCGCCCAACUUGCCCUCUACAAGGCAGUACAAGGCUAAUUUCUUUGUGUUGAAAUCACGGUGAACUAAUAGGAACUAAACGAGAAACUACUUUGACAGUAGUAUUUUUUUUGUUAACAGCCCGUUUGUAAUGUACCUAAAUUAUUUAUCGAGCAAAAGAUCUGUAAGACUUGUGCCUGCCGUUAGUCUCCUCCAUUCAAAAAGAAAAGGAAUAUUCAUACACCCCACAGCUAUGUUUAAGAACUUUUUUAAAAAUAGAGCGUUGUGCUCGCGUACGACAUAAAUAAAAGUAAAACUAACGUUUACAAGUGAAACUUUGAUAAAUUGUGAUAUUCAACAUGAAGCUUCUCGAAAGCACAAGAUUUGAAGCUAUCAAUAACGCUCUUUUGAUUCAAACGGGAGACAGUAAAAUUAUAGGGCGCAUAGAAAGUUACUCGUGUAAGAUGGCUGGAGGAGACAAAGCCCUAUAUAAAAAGUUCAAUUCCGAAGGAGUACAUCCCAAUGAUCUACAAGCACUCUCUCCUCCAGAAGGCUAUUCCCAGUUCAGCCGAAGCAUCUCGGGAGACGAGGAAGGUCCAUUAUGUGACACUAUCAGUCGUAAGACUUUAUUCUAUUUGAUUGCUACCCUGAACUCUUGUUUUCCUGAUUAUGACUUUAUGGAUGUGAAGAGUCAUGAAUUCAGCAAAGAACCAUCACGACAAUGGGUGAGCAAUGCAAUUGAUACCAAUUUAUCAGCAACUGCAGGUGAGCAGUAUAAUCUUCUGAGACCUGCGAUUUGGAACGCAAUAAACGACGAAAUCUGUUUGGAAAAUUGUAACAUUUAUUCAUACAACCCCGAUCUCGCAUCAGAUCCUUUCGGCGAAGAUGGCUGUUUAUGGAGCUUUAAUUACUUCUUUUAUAAUAAGAAACUCAAAAGGAUUGUUUUCUUUACGUGCAGAGCCGUCAACCCAAGAUAUACAUUGGAUUCUGGAUUUGGGAGUGAUUUCAUCAUGGAUGAAGAUGAGGCAUACUAAGUCAACACUAUCAAUUGCAAUAACAUCAUUUGCAAAAAAAAUAACUGACUGUUUUUCAUACGUGCUAUGAACAGUCAAACAAUUUUUUUGAAGCAUUGUAAUGAAAAAAAAUCUUUUGGUGAGAGCAAAAGUACAAAUUAUUUUAAACUAUAGAUAGAUAUAUGUAUUGAGUUUAUUUGAUUAUCACUUAGAUAUUAGAGUCACUUUAUAAGUUCAGUCACAAGACUUUAAUAAUAUUACUCUUAUUUUGUUAACUUUCGUGGUAUAACACGGGAUUGUUUGUUACACUUGGAUUUUAUGUUUCUUAUAGAGCAGUAGUUAUGGCCAGUAUCCUGGAAAUGAUUCAGUUGAAAUCUGAUUUAUAGUUAACUAUCAUAGCCAAUUCAACUAUUAUUUUACAGAAUUACUUUACAAGGGUGAAAAUUAGUAAAAUCACUUCGAAUGAGGUCUCGGUUCAUUUCAUUUCAGUAUAAGUUAACACAGAAUAAUAACGAUACGUUGAGAAUGUUCUUUAAGAAAAAAGUACUGUUGACUGCUGUGAUUCUGGAAGAACUAUUAGAAAAAAGGUUUCUGAACAUUCAUGAAUGGACUUGCAUCGUCAUAACUCAUAAUUAGAAGUGAUUUUACUAUUUUUUAAAUUGUUUACAAAUUUCUGGAUAGUUUGAAAUAGUUUAGAUGGUUGUUUAGCUGAGCUACGGUGUAUCUAGUGUGAAAUCUACUUGGAGUAGAUUCCAAAUUCGUAGAUUUAGUUUGAGUUAUCGCUGCAUUGGGUUGUAAUUGGCCAGGAAUGCAGUCCUUAUUCUUUCCCGGGCAACCAAAGGUAGUCGAGGAUUCAGACAAUUGAUUGUAACAAAAUAGUGAUAUGAACAGUAUUUGAGAUGAACCAACAAUUGGAUUUUAUUUAAUUUAUAGAGCAUUAGCUUUAUUUUGAUCGAAUUUGCAAUAUAGCUAUUUAAUUUUCAUAUAAUUUGAUGCGUACUCUGAGUAGUUGAAAAAAAUCAGUAUUUGAUGAAUUUAUCAAGUUUCUUUCAAAGAAUUAAAUCGUAAAACUGAAGACUGAAUAUACAUUUCAAUGAGACAUUAGGUUAAGGACGUUUUGGUGGCCAACUACGAAAUAUACUUGCAAUGCAACGAAUGGACCGUUAUUUUUCUUUGGAUCGUCAAUUGGUGUAUAUUUCUUUUAAUAAUCCACUGUUCUGUAAUCUCUCUCAAAUGUAGUUAGAUUCAUGAUCUGAUAAUAAAAAUGAGUGUAAGUUUUCA